AUCCCACUCAAACAACGAACUCUAUAUAUCUAAGCACUGAGAUACGCACCUACGGACGCUCUUCCCGGCCACAAUAUCCGGUCAUUGAAAACCAGUGUGAACGGUGGAGCGCAGCGGAGGAUGGAGGCGGCGGACAUGGGGAUUAUGAGAGGAGGGAGCAUCAGACGGAGCUCCAGAGCAAACAGCAACUCUAUAUGGAGGAACUCCGGCGUCGAGGUGUUUUCUCGGUCGUCUAGAAACGAGGCCGACGAUGAGGAGGCUCUCAAAUGGGCGGCGUUGGAAAAGCUCCCGACAUUUGAUCGCCUGAGAAAAGGGCUCAUGUUCGGCUCCGACGGGAGGGCGACAGAGGUAGACAUCGACCACCUUGGAUUCCAGGAAAGGCAGGCUCUGCUUAAGAGGCUUGUGAACGUCGCUGAUGAGGACAACGAGAAGUUCUUGUUGAGACUGAGGAACAGAUUAGACAGAGUGGGAAUUGAUCUGCCAACCAUUGAAGUGAGAUAUGAGCACCUAAAUGUGGAGGCAUAUGCCUAUGCAGGCAGCAGAGCUUUGCCUUCCUUCAUCAACUUCUUUACCAAUUUCAUUGAGGAUUUACGGAAUACCCUUCACAUCACCAAAAGUAAAAAGAGGAAGAUUACGAUUCUGAAUGAUGCUACUGGAAUUAUCAAGCCGUGCAGAAUGACACUGCUAUUAGGACCUCCAGCUUCUGGCAAGACAACACUUUUGUUGGCCCUGGCUGGAAAGCUUGAUAAAGACUUGAAGGUGGGAGGAAAAGUGACAUAUAACGGGCAUGAGCUGAUCGAAUUCGUGCCGCAAAGAACGGCUGCUUACAUUAGUCAAUAUGAUCUGCAUAUCGGAGAAAUGACUGUUCGAGAAACCUUGGAGUUCUCUGCUAAAUGUCAGGGCAUCGGCUCUCGCUAUGAAAUGUUGGCAGAGUUGUGUAGAAGAGAAAAGGCAGCAAAUAUCAAGCCUGAUCAUGAUAUCGACGUUUACAUGAAGGCUGUAGCUACUGAAGGACAAGAAGAAAAAGUCUUCACUGAUUAUGUUCUUAAGAUUCUGGGGCUGGAAGUUUGUGCAGAAACAAUGGUGGGUGACCAAAUGAUACGAGGUAUAUCUGGUGGGCAAAAAAGGCGCGUGACCACCGGUGAAAUGCUUGCUGGACCAGCUAAAGCUCUUUUCAUGGACGAAAUCUCGACAGGGCUCGAUAGUUCCACAACCUUUUCAAUCAUUAACUCGUUGAGGCAAUACGUGCGCAUUCUCAAGGGCACUGCUGUCAUUUCCCUACUCCAACCAGCACCAGAAACCUAUAAUCUCUUUGAUGAUAUUAUUCUUUUAUCAGAUGGUUAUGUCAUUUACCAUGGUCCUCGUGAGGAAGUACUUGACUUCUUUGACUAUAUGGGUUUCAAAUGCCCCCAAAGAAAAGGCGUGGCAGAUUUCUUGCAAGAAGUGACAUCCAAGAAAGAUCAACAACAGUAUUGGACUUGCAGAGAUAAGCCUUACAUAUUUGUGAAGGCUAAGGAAUUUGCUGAGGCUUACAAAACCUUCCAUGCUUGGAAGAAGAUGGAGGGAGAGCUUUUGGUCCCAUUCGAUAAAACGAAAAGCCACCCUGCUGCAUUGACAAAGCAGAAAUAUGGUAUAGGGAAGAGGCAGCUCUUGAAGGCUUGCACUGAACGGGAGUAUCUGCUUAUGCGUAGAAACUCAUUUGCUUACAUCUUCAAGUUCGUUAAGCUUGUUGUGAUAGCUGUCAUUUACAUGACAAUAUUUUUGCGAACUGAAAUGAAGAAAGAUAAUGAGAUUGAUGGUGGGAUUUACCUCGGUGCCCUAUGCUUCGGUGUGGUUAUGAUUAUGUUCAGUGGUUUUUCGGAGAUUUCAUUGAAUAUUUAUAAGUUACCGGUGUUUUACAAGCAAAGAGACCUCUUAUUCUUCCCUCCAUGGGCUUAUGCUAUUCCUUCAUGGAUCCUCAAAAUUCCUAUUACGAUUGUUGAAGUUGGUAUCUGGGUGUUUGUUACUUACUAUGCCAUUGGUUUGGACCCAAAUGUGAGCAGGGUGUUCAAACAAUUCUUGAUAGCUAUAAUGUUGAACCAAAUGGCUUCUUCAUUAUUCCGACUUAUUGCAGCUCUAGGUAGAACUAUGACCGUUGGAAACACAUUUGGAUCUGUUUCUUUGGUUUUGUUAUUUUCUUUGUGUGGCUUUGUGCUCUCUCGAGAUAGUGUGAAGAGCUGGUGGAUUUGGGGCUACUGGUCUUCACCACUGACGUAUGCUAUGAAUGCAUUUCUUGUAAUUGAAUUUAAAGGAAAGAGCUGGAGACAUUUUGCUCCGGGUGGUACUGAAUCAAUUGGCGAUUUAGUUGUGAAAUCUAGAGGAUUCUUUCCUGAAUCAAAAUGGUAUUGGAUCGGCGUUGGAGCACUUUUCGGGUUCAUGAUUCUCUUCAAUGUUUGCUACAUACUAGCUCUUCAAUAUCUUGACCCAUUUGGCAAGAUCCAAGCAAUGAUAUCAGAUGAUGAACACAGUGAAAUUGCUUCUGUUCAAAACACCACUCAACAAUUGUCCCGUGUUGCUAGUAGUAGUAGAGGAAUGAUUCUUCCAUUUGAACCCCAUACACUCACAUUUGACAAUGUUGUCUACUCAGUCGACAUGCCACAAGAAAUGAAAGAUCAAGGUGCCAAUGAAGAUAGAUUAGUUCUUUUAAAAGGUGUAAGUGGAUCAUUCAGGCCUGGUGUUCUCACUGCUUUGAUGGGUGUUAGUGGAGCUGGGAAAACAACUUUAAUGGAUGUAUUGGCUGGAAGAAAAACGGGUGGUUACAUUGAUGGAGAUGUAAAAAUAUCCGGAUAUCUUAAGAAACAAGAAACCUUUGCCCGAAUUUCUGGAUAUUGUGAACAGAAUGACAUCCAUUCUCCUUUUGUCACCGUUCACGAGUCUCUUAUUUACUCAGCCUGGCUACGUUUACCAGAAGAUGUGAAUGCUAGUACUAGAAAGAUGUUUGUUAAUGAAGUUAUGGAGUUAGUUGAAUUGACUCCAUUGAGAUCACAUCUUGUUGGUUUGCCUGGAGUUAAUGGUCUAUCAACCGAACAACGUAAAAGGCUGACAAUUUCAGUUGAGUUAGUUGCUAACCCAUCAAUCAUAUUCAUGGAUGAGCCCACUUCAGGGCUAGAUGCUAGAGCUGCAGCUAUUGUGAUGAGAACUGUGAGGAACACUGUUGACACAGGCAGAACAGUAGUUUGCACAAUUCAUCAACCGAACAUUGACAUUUUUGAGGCUUUCGAUGAGCUAUUCCUCAUGAAGAGAGGAGGGCAAGAAAUUUAUGUUGGGCAAUUGGGCCACAAUUCCUGCCAUUUGAUUAAGUACUUUGAGUCCAUUCAUGGAGUGGGGAAAAUCAAGGAUGGAUACAACCCAGCAACAUGGAUGCUCGAAGUGUCAGCUUCAGCUCAAGAAAUGAUUUUAGGGGUCGAUUUCUCAGACAUCUAUAAGAACUCAGAUCUAUAUCAAAGGAACAAAGCAUUGAUAAGAGAACUAGGCACACCUUGCCCUAAUUCCAUGGACUUGGACUUCCCAACUCAAUACCCGCAGAAUUUAUGGAACCAAUUUUUGGCAUGCUUGUGGAAGCAACAUUGGUCUUAUUGGCGUAACACAUCAUAUAGUGCACUUAGAUUCCUCUACGUUACCAUCGUAGCAUUAAUUUUUGGAUCAAUAUUUUGGGACAUGGGUACAAAAAUGAGUACUAGACAAGAUUUGUUCAAUGCUAUGGGAUCUAUGUAUGCCGCAAUUCUCUUUAUUGGGGUGCAACAUGCUUCUGCAGUUCAACCUGUGGUCGUGGUUGAACGUACAAUAUUCUAUAGGGAGAAAGCAGCCGGAAUGUAUUCUGCAUUUCCAUACGCCAUUGGUCAAGUUGUUAUUGAAAUCCCCUAUAUAAUUUCACAAUCAGCUGUUUAUUGUGGGAUCGUUUACGCAAUGGUUGGGUUUGAAUGGACACCAGCUAAGUUUCUUUGGUAUUUUUUCAUGAUGUUCUUCUCAUUCUUAUACUUCACACUUUACGGCAUGAUGUGUGUGGCUGUUACCCCCAAUGAAGGCAUUGCGGCCAUUAUCUCCGUCUUCUUUUACACUAUGUGGAACCUCUUCUCAGGGUUCAACGUGCCACGACCUAGCAUUCCUGUGUGGUGGAGAUGGUACGUUUGGGCAUGCCCAAUGUCAUGGACAUUAUAUGGGUUGGUGGUAUCCCAAUUUGGAGAUAUUGAAGAAAAAAUGAGUGAUUCUGAUCAAACAGUAAAGCAGUUCCUAGAUGAUUACUUUGGAUUCAAGCAUAAUUUUCUUGGAGUGGUUGCAGCUGUCAUUGUUGCAUUACCUAUCAUUUUCGGGUUCAUUUUUGCUUUUGCCAUUAAAACUUUAAACUUCCAAAUGAGAUAGUUGUGUUCGAUCUAAACAGUUAUAUAAAAAUUCUAUGACAUUUUCCCUAUUAUUCUUUGUUAUUUAGUUGUUAUAUAUAAGAUUUGAUGACCUCUUUUUUAUAUGUUGUCAUCAAAUGUUAUAUAUAAAUCAAAACCCAGAAGCAAGGAUUGAGAUUGUAGUACCUUAUUUUUAUAGAAAUAUCAAUAAAUAUAUCGUUAACGGUAAAAUAUAAGAACGAUAGAUUUUAUUGAAUAAUUUAAAAAUUAAAACCACAUUUUGAUAUGAUGAUGUUUAAGUAUUUGUCCCAUACCAUACAUCUAUAAAAAAAUUAAAACACUAUAUAAGACUUUGGACUUACUACUCCUCAUAUCAGGUUGACAUUUUAGGAUGGAACUACAGGUCUUAACAUGGUAUUAAAGCCAAUUCUGGAUGUUAUUUGACUGCUUGUUUAACACUCAUGAUUAAUGGUAGCUUGCUAAUGGUUUGUUUGACCCAUUUAUACACCCCGGUAUUGUUCAUCCCGGUUCGGGGAAGUAUUUGUCUCACACUGAAAAACUAUAAAAUAAUAAAAUAUUAUAUAAGACUUUGAAUGACUCCUCUUAUCAGAUUGACCUUUUAGGGUUGAACCCCUGGGCCCACAUACUCAGAAGAAUGAGAGUAACAUAUAUUAUCACAACCACUCUAAAAGAUAAAAUAUACUAUCAUAUAAUAUUGUUCAAAUGACUUUAUACAUGAUGGAGUAUAUGGACCUGGACCCCUGGGCCCACAUACUCAGAAGAAUGAGAGGCACAGCUGUCACCCAAUGGGGCCUCCGUCGGCCAGAUGGUCCCCCAUCGGCCAGAAAGAUAUCAACUCGGAACACGAUCCGGAAGCCAGAAGAACCGGGUGUCCCCGUCGGCCGGGGCUCCGUCGACCAUGGCCGCGUCGGCCAUGGCUCCAUCGGCCACAAAAGGCUCCCAGAACCGGAUUUCGUACUUAGUUAUUUCUACUAGGGGUGGGCAUUUCAGUUUUCGGUUCGGUUUUUGAUGCACACUAAUUAGUAGUGCAUAGUUACAUGUUUUUAUGUUUGAUUUAUGUUAAUUGUUUGACGUUUUAUUUAGUUUGUAAACAUUUAUGUGAUUUCAGUUGUAAUUGUAUUUUAGUCUUUAUUUCUAAGUUGUAAAGUUUAGUUAGGAUUUGUGGUGUUGGAAAGGAAGACUUUGAAGUGAAGAAAAAGAAGAUUUGGCUGCCCAGGAGCAAAUACCCGACCGGGUAUAACACUUGACCCGGUCGGGUAAGAAGUGAAAAACGAAAAUACAAAGAAAGUGCAUGGCCCGGUCGGGCCCACUAUCUUACCCGGUCGGGUGAGAAGUGACCGGGGACAACCCGGUGUGCAAAGAUCACCCGAACGUGAAGAAUAUCCAAUUUUUGCACUCACCCGGUCGGGUCCCCUACCCCACCCGGUCGGGUCUGACUUGACCCGGACACUUUAACAUGCCGAAGAUCACCAGAACGUGGGGAAAUAUCUGAUUUUGACCGGACCCGGUCGGGUAUGUACCUAUACCCGGUCGGGUACCCGGCCAAAGGUGUUGAAAAACACCUAUAAAUAGCACACUUUUUCUUCUCUAAAAACAAUCCCUUCUUCCAUUCUCUUUAGCUCAGUUUAGAAUAGCAUUUCUUUAUAUUUUUCUAGCUAUGUUUAGUCUCCAAAUGAGGAGCUAAACUUCCAAUCUUGGUUUUGCUCUUGAAGCUUGUUGAUUAUUAAAGUUGUGAGUUAUUUUCUUAACUUCUUC